AUGAAGGUGCGCAUAUAUGUCGGCGGUCUACCACUGGACGUCACAAAUGUAGAGCUACGUGAGCGUUUUGGUCGCUUCGUAAGCGACACAGUAGACUGUCAGCUAACUGACGUUGAUCUAAUCAAAGCAAAGUCGAUCACGACCGUGACGUCUUCUCCUGAAACGUCUCGUGGGUUCGCGUACUUAACGCUUGAAGGUGCUGCCGCCGAAGCUCAGAGCGAGAAGUUGCAAAAGACAUUUCACCGUACAAAGUGGCGUGGUUCUCUACUGAAGGUACAGCUGGCGAAACCUUCGUAUCAAUUAAAACUUCAACGUGAGUGGGAGGAGGAAGCGGAGAAAAGAUUGAAACAAGAAGAGAAUCGAUUACGAAGACAACAGCCGGUGAAUUUGAAUGAGUUCAAGCCAUUAACGUUGUCAAUUAAAUUUCAGGGUAAGAAGAUUACAAGAUUCUUGGAAGAAGAUGUAAUAGUGAACGAAAAGGAAUUUGAGACGAAGAGUGAAGUUGAUGACACUGACGUCGAAAUGGAAGCUAACGCAGAUGACGUGCUGAAUGAGGAGGAUGUAGAAGCGUUUGUGAGAAAGAUGGAACAAGUGAAAACGACACCAUUGACAAAAGAAGAGGUGAAUGCUCGUCGUUUGGCAACGUUGAAAGCUAAACAGGAGCGAAAAAAAGAAAACAAGGCAAUGAUUGUGAUACCUCGUUUGGGUGAAUCAUUGAAUAACAAAAAGAUUACGUUUGACGAUAGCGGGAAUGAGUGUGAACCAGAGGAGACGAGCAAAGAGCAUGACGUCAUUACUAAAUGGUUGGAUUCGAGUGACGAUGAAGCAGAUGGAGACGAGCGUCGAGGACGUAAGACGUUGGAUUUCUUAGGUGAUGAAGAAGCAGACACUGCGACUGACAAAGAAACUCAACUUUCGUUUGCACUACGCCCCGAGUUUCUGGGAGAGAAAGGAAAAAAACUGUUUGAGCUGCAAAAGCGCUAUGGAGGUGAUUCGCGUUUUCGUUUAGAUGCCCGCUUCUUGGAACAAGAGAUGAACGAAUAUGGCGGUAACGAAGUUGAUGAAGAAGAAGAAUCGAACAAGGAUGCGAAUAUUACGUUGCAGCACUCUGUAGAAGAGGAAAAUAGCGAAUUUGCUGAACGUCUUGCGCGCGAAAUGCGCGAAGAGGAGACGAUAGCACUACGUGUAUUGUCAAAGCUUUUUCCUGACGUAGACGUAACGCGUUUGGAGCGUCGACUGUUUGAGCAACGCGUGCCAAAAGAGCCGCUAAAAGAGGCUGCGUGGAUGGGCGAAUUAAAGCGCUAUGAUCCGCGAGACGUUCAUGCUUGCCGUGAGCUUGAGUUAUCGAUGACUUCGAGCUCAGCUCAAACUAAGAUUGAGGAUGAAUCUACUUCAGAUCGUCAACGCGUAGAAAAGGAAAUCUUGACAGGUGGCGAUCGAUUUUUUUCAACCAGUGACCAUCUUAGCUCGUUAUUCACUCGUGUCCGAACAAACUCGGAAGACGGAAUCGAAGGCGAAGCUGCUCUCGAUGGUGUGACUUGUACUUCUGAGGCCAACUCCAAUGCACCGUUUAAGCUCAGCUCACUUUUCUCCCUUUCAAUGAAUGGAGAGCAAUCGUUGGCCGCAAUGGGUGAACAGCUUCUUGAAGACGAGUCGACUGAAGCUACAUCGAAUGUCGAGAAGUGGGUCUUUUCCCAAGAGAUCGACGAUCACGAUGAUGAAGCGAUGGCUACCGAUAGUGAAGCUGGUGAUGAGGUUGAUGACAGUAACGACACGAAGGUCAAUGAAACCAGCAAGCGAGUCAAGAAGAGUCUGGAAGAUUUUAUCGCUUUUGGUCGAACUUUUGUCGGGACGGAAGACGACGUCGCAGAUUGGCCUGAACGCCGAAAGAAGCUCACACUCGACUACAAGCGCAAACGUCGAGAUGCUGGUAAGAUGAAGAAGCGAGCAGGCAAAUUCCGGCAAACGAAUGCAAUAGCUGCAAGAGAAACUUCCAAAAGGAAGAAAACAAGACUCUAA